UUCUGCUGCCAUGACUUGAGCUGUGUCGGGUUUGAAAGACAAGUCGAGCAUUCACAAAGACAUGAACUUAGAUGGAGACUGCAGCAUGUCAGUCAGUUGUGGAAAUGGCAAACUUAGACAGUGGCUCAUCGAUCAGAUUGACAGCGGGGAGUAUACCGGCUUGGUUUGGGAGAAUGAUGAGAAAACCAUUUUCAGGAUUCCCUGGAAACACGCGGGAAAACAGGACUACAACCGGGACGAGGACGCUGCCCUCUUCAAGGCUUGGGCACUGUUCAAAGGGAAAUACAGAGAAGGCUUGGACAAACCAGACCCUCCAACUUGGAAAACAAGACUGCGCUGUGCCCUCAACAAAAGCAAUGACUUUGAUGAACUUGUGGAGCGAAGCCAGCUGGACAUUUCGGAUCCCUACAAGGUCUAUAGGAUAAUACCAGAAGGAGCAAAGAGAGGUUCAAAGGCCAGUAGCAUUGAAGACAGCACAACACAUGUGACUUCUAUCAGUUAUCCCAUACAUUCCACUUAUCCAACCCUACAGACUCAGAUGCCUGGAUACAUGCUCCCACAGGAGAGGCGUGACUGGAGGGAAUAUAGUGCGGAUCAGAGUCACCCACAGGCACCCCAUGCAGAUCUACCAUACGGCCAGUGUCCAUACCCACCAGCACGAUCCUUACCCUGGCAUGCAUCAACCUGUGACAACGGAUACCAGAUAUCUGGCUCCUUCUACACCUACUCACCUACAGAAACUCAUCCAGUGGCAAUGGACCCCAAUAUGAGAUCUGCUGAAGCCAUGGCGAUUUCAGACUGUCGUCUGCAUGUCUCCCUCUACUAUCGUGAGUCUCUUGUUAAGGAGGUGACCACCAGCAGUCCUGAUGGCUGUCGAAUCUCCUCCUCUCCAACUCCUGGAUCCCCCUCGUCCCCCUCUUCUCCAUGCCCAGAGGACAGGCUUUAUGGUGGGGCAGAGCCUGUGCUCUUUCCCUUCCCAUAUCCCCAGUCCCAGCGGCGUGGGGCCGAGAAGCUGCCCAACAUCCUGGAGCGCGGUGUUCUGUUGUGGUUGGCUCCAGACGGAUUGUACGGGAAGCGCCUGUGCCAGGGGAGAGUGUACUGGGAAGGCCCACUGGCCCCAUAUGCAGACAAACCCAACAAGCUGGAGAAAGAGCAGACCUGCAAGCUGAUGGACACUCAACAGUUCCUCACAGAGUUGCAGGGUUUCAUUCACCAUAGCCGUCCUAUGCCACGCUCGCAGGUGGUGUUGUGCUUCGGGGAUGAGUUCCCAGAUCCCCAGCGGCAGAGCAAAAUGAUCACAGCUCAGGUGGAACCCAUGUUUGCCAGGCAGCUCCUGUACUUUGCUGGCCAGACUAACGGUCACUACCUGCGUGGAUAUGAGCUUCAGACUCAAGGUGCUUUACCUCUAGAAGACUAUCAGAGAAGCCUCCAACACUUGCAAGAGUAAUCUUCAAAUAAAAUAAAAUAAAAAAACAACUGAGAGACUCCCUUGAGAGUCAAAGCCUAGCAGAGCAGAUCUCCUCUGCAUGAACUUCUCGGUCUACAGCCAGUGGAGAGACCAACCAAACCAAAGCGGAGGACCUUCAAUGUAACAAUGAAGACUUGAAAUCCGAUUGAGAUCGCCUGACCAAGUGAUUCUUUCACAUUCCAAAGCUAUAAACAUACUCAAAUCCUGCACUUCAGACACGCUGUAGAUAUAGUUCAAUUCAAGUUCCUAAUACUUGUCGACAUUGUGUCAAAAAAGUGAAUAAUGUCUUGAUAUGGUGGGGCCCAAAAGUCAGAGACCACAUUGAAAAAGUUGAAACUCUUUUAGUUUUUUACUUGAAAUGAAUUAAAAUGAAGAAAUAUUUAAGAUUCUGCACUAUUUCUUGGUUACAAAUCAACUAAAUGAAACUUUUGACAUUGAUCAUACCAAAUACAAAGACAUUCUGCAGUUCAUGUCAAAUGUCUAUAACAAAUCUAAUAAAUUGUCUCAGACUUCUGUACACCACUGUACUUCCAAAUGUGUUAUAUGGACAUACAAGAAAGACGCUUACCAAAACUAACAACUACAAUGCAGCUAUAAAAAUAAAUAUAAAAAUAAAUUACUAAUUUUUUACAAAAAAAUUGCUUAUGGGUAAAUAUUUUUGAUAAAUGUAUGUGUAUUUGCAUAGAUUCCUUUUGCCAGUUUCUAUUUCUUCUGAUUUUCGAACAGAUUUGUCUAUUUUCCUAAGUGUUUAUAACUCGGCUACAUGUGAAUAUUUAUAUUGUAUAUGUAGAUACCUACAUGCAAAGCCGAAUGUACUGUACAGUGUAUAUAUUCCAAAUCAAAGAAAUGAUUUCUCUGAAUGGCAUCUGCUGAGAAAUUAUACAAUGAUAAAUACUAAGAAACAGUUUGUGAUUGUGUUAUCUUCCUGCGAGUAAACAUGUCAGAAACAUAUUCAUAGCAAAAUCUUGUACUCCCUGUUGUGUGUGUGUGUGUGUGUGUGCGUGUGUGUGUGUGGUGUUUUAAGUGCUGAUUGGAACACACUCAAACAGGUUACUGCCCACAGAACUGUAAUGUUGUCAGAUGUGUGAAUGAAAGAGGGAUGGAGAGAAAGAUCUCUCAUGUGCUGUAUUUUACUUUCUUUCUUAGUCUCUUAGUUUUUUAUUGUUAAUUUGUUUUUACUAUUUUAUUUCAAAUCUGGACA